UUUUGACAGAUCCACUUCGGCCGUCGUUGCGUUGCGUGGUUUGUGCGUACUCGUGCGCAACGCAAGCUAGCAUAUUGCAAAAAACAUAUUAAUUCUAGGAAAACCCGCAUUAAACGGUUGUGUGUAGUGAAAAAAACUGGAUUGAAAACAUUGGAGUGCAGUGAAUGUGUUUUUGGAUGAACAAAUUGUCUAUACGCAGAAUGAUAUUAAGCUAGAACCAAGAUGGGCACAGCAACAAUGUUAAACACGAAACCUCCAAUGGAGAAGGAGAAGAAACCGAACCUGUUCAAACUUGUCCGAACACUCUUCCAAAAGAAAACACAGAAACCCGAAGAAAAACAUGAAGAAAAACCAACACAACAACCAAAAACACUCAAAGUCACCCCCGUCGCAACUCUCCUUGAAGAAUUCCAAAAAAUAAACAUAAAAGAUGAAGAUGACCAAAAUGAUGAACAUAAAAACGAAUUGAAUAAAUUCUCAUACAGAGAAAGGAAAGAUAGCGAAGAUGAUAAAGAAUACGAAAAGAUCGAACCUCGCAAUGACAGAUUCGGUUCUCAUUCCUCACAAGACAGCGGAUAUUCUGAACAGGAUGAAAAUGCAAAAGAAAACCAAGAUGAAAAAGACCAAGAUGUGGUCAAGAAGAUGAAAGAGUUAAAGAUAGGGAAGAAGAAAUUACAAACGGUUUUCUUGCCGCGGGCACCGAUGAAGACGACCAGGGAGGUGCCUGUGAUGCAUCCGUAUAGCAGAGACGUGGAGAAGUACAAAGAGGUGGUAAACACAAACACGUUCUCCGGUGGCCAAGUCUUCGUCAAACCCAACACAGAAAUCGCAGAAAUCUCCCGAGCCAUCUCCACCAUCGAGACCAACGUCCAAAACUUCCCUCUCAACAACGACCAGCAAGACUUCCUUCUAGAAACCGGCUUAGACUUCGUCACACAAGAAACAAGUCCGCGAAAAGAAUCCGAACUCCCUGAAGAAAUCCAUUUCUGCAUCGACGAACUAAACAUGCUUAACGACACGCUAGCCUUCAGAGAAUACACUGACAUCUCUAAUACCAUUCUCAAUUUCGAUUUAGAGAACUAUCAGAUGACCAAUCAGGAACCUCAAGCUCAUACUUUCCCUACUCCCCCUUACUCAGAGAAUGCAUUAAGCCCUCUAUCUCUAAACUUAGGCUCCCCACCUGUAACAUCUCCUGCAUAUUCAUCAUCUCCUGGUAGAUCGCCGAACUACAGCGACUUAGAACGCUACCAAGAAAUUUCCGAAGCGUACCAAGAGCUCCCGAAUUUCGAAGGCAUAGAGAAACCUGUAUUGGAGAAGAAAAAGUCGAAUCCGACUUCAAUAAUGUCGAUGAAGCAGUAUAAAGAUCUUCAGAAGGAGUUGUCGGCUGGCUUCUCGAAGUUUGAGUGCUGCGUGAUGAGUCGGAAGGCGUGUAAGGAGAUUUUUGAGGAGCACGCGAAGAAGUUGAAGGUCGAGGAGAGAAAAGGGCUGUGUGUGAAGCUGGCGCGAUUGGACACACAGACGGCGUACGGAGUCCUCCAACAAGUGCUGCCAAGUCUGUCAGCAGACGGCAAGCAGGAAGACUUGCAGUGCGUAGUGUUCAGUCUGCUGUGCGAGAGGGUGCUAGCCCUGCGCCCCGAACUCUUCUUGGGAGACUUCGGCCUCGGUCUCUUGAAGUCAGCAGCGCUCCGCUGCCCCGGGCGUCCUCUGUUCACGCGAUAUUUGGUGCAGUGUGUGAGAACCGCUUUACGACUCAACCCCUCUUAUAUGGAGGGGAGGGAAAGCGUCUUUCAUGAGACGGACGCCCUGGGAGACACAUUGGUGACGGCCUGCGCGCGCGCCGGCGACAAAUACGCCGACGUACUCAACGAGAUUGUGUGCGAUGCUCCCCCCCUCUUCAGACAAGGACACGCCAACACUGAAGGAUACACGGCGCUCCACGUGGCGUGCAAACUCCACAGCAAGGAGAACCCGCAUCUGCGCACCGUGCACGUUCUACUAGAACACGGGAAGGCGGACUUAUGGGCCGGGGACGUGAAAGGAGGAGACACGGCAUUGCACCUAGCUGUCAACUCUUCAACCUGUGAGCUGCAUCUCAUCAUGACGCUGUUCAGACAUGUUGAGCGAGCUAAAUGGAAGCAACUGGCCCACGUGCCUAACAGAAGUUCUGUGACGCCCAUCGAAUACGCGCGAUCGCAGUCCAAGUCUAUCAGCCGGCCCUACCCACCCGAAGUGCUUGAUUUCCUCAAGAAAUGCCGCUGAACACACAUACAUACAUUGUACAGUCAUACAAACAUCCCGAAAGGGUAACACAUUGGUAUUGAAAAUAUUGGAUCACGCUAAGUUUUCAUGGCAAAGAAUCAAAAUCAUUUACCGUGUAUGCUUACUACCUAUGCAAAUUUAGUGUGGACAGAUUCCUCGUCAGACCUCCAAAAUAUGGUCAAUGGACCCUUAUUUUUGGAAAAUGGGAGAGGCUAAGGCUUGAGGGUCCAAAAGUGACAAUCGUACUAAUACCAAAUGAGAACUUUAGUACGAAGCAAAGAGGAUCGAGUGUUAUAGAGAGUUACUGUCAAGAGUAAAAUGUGUAAUCACAGUGCAUAGACUGCCAUCUCUCGACACAAGCUUUUCGACUUUUGA